UCACGAGUUUACAUGGUCCUUUCGUUCUGCUCAGAGCUGUGAAAUGAUACGAGCGGAAAGAAAAGCCCGUCGUCAUGUGAUCCGUCUACAUGCGUGAGCCUGACUGAUCAAUACACACACCGAGAAGGAUGGCAAACACUGGCAAGACUGAAAAAUUCCAGCUGCACGUUCCAAAUCUCGUGGAAUUAUGUCAGGUGCUGCAAUCAGGACUGAAUAAGAAUUUUUCUGAUGUAAAAGUGUCUGUUACUGACUGUCCAGAUCUUACACAAGAGCCUUUUGGGUUUCCUGUCAAGGGUCUGUGUGGCAAACCUCGUAUCACUGAUGUGGGAGGUGUACCAUAUCUGAUUCCUUUGGCCCAACCGGACAAGGUGUACAACAUGAACACUGUGUCCAAGGAGGUGGAGCUGCCUGGUGGAUUUUUUCUUGGUGCUGGUGCUGUUUCCUGCAAGACAGUUGGCAUGAAUGGAGAGUUAAUGCCUCUGAUGCUGACUGAAGCUGAAGGAAGACCUGCAGUGAAUGCCAGUUAUUUUUCAUCCAUCAACCCAGUGGAUGGAAAAUGUCUGCAGGAGAAAUACAGUGACAGGUUCCAUGACUGUGACUUCGGCCUCCUUGCAAACCUUUAUGCAUGUGAGGGCAAACCUGGAAAGGUCAUUGAGGUGAGAGCCUGCAGAAGAACUGGAGAGGACAGUCUUGUGAGCUGCAUGAGAAAUACCAUGGAAGAACAUUAUGGGGAGAAGAGCGUGGCCCUGGGGGGAACUUUCGUCGUACAAAAGGGGAAGGCAAAGAUCCAUAUUAUGCCACCUGAAUUCUCCGCCUGCCCUCUAAACACCAAUGAGGAUGUCAAUAACUGGCUCAGGCAUUUUGAAAUCAGUGCUCCACUGAUCUUUCAAACUGUCAUGGUGUCCAGAGACCCAGGUCUUGACCUGAGAGUGGAGCAUACUCAUGGCUUCAGUCAUCAUGGUGAGGGGGGCCAUUACUACAUAGACACCACUCCAAACUCAGUGGAGUACCUGGGAUACUUCCUGCCCGCUGAGUUCAUCUACCGUAUCGACCGACCCACUGAGACACACAAUAUUGGCCGAGAUUAAACUUUUGACAGUUCUUAUUUUUAAUGCUAUAACUAUAGUGCUUAUAAUGCUUUUAUAGUUUUUGCCCUGUUUACCAGGAGCAAUUUAUGUUGAUGAAUAGUAAAUAAAUAUAAUAAGUAUUGAGAGAUUUGAGCACUUUUCACAAUCCAAUACAUUUUGUACUACUUGAUAUUCAGGCCAUGUCAAAUAGCUAAUUGUUUCCCAUUAAUUUCACAGGGAGAUUAGCCUAUUAAUUGAAACAUUAGAAGAACUGAAUUUUUCAUAACUGCACUACAUUUUUGCAACUGAUUUGGCACAGCAAAAAAAAUAUGGCACCAAAUCAGCAUAUUAUAUGAUUUCUGAAGGAUCUUGUGACACU